CCUCUCCCGGCCAGCGGGGAAAGGUAGAGGUGGGAAGGGGGAGCUGCUGCGCAGGCGCGCCUCUCCCGGCCAGCAGGGAAAGGUGAGGUCGGUGGGAGGGAGCUGCUGCGCAGGCGCGCCUCUCCCGGCCUCCGCGCGGGUGGGUAGGCGGAGCCCGGAGUGCCGGCGGCCGGCAGGGCCUCAGUCCGCCCGGAGUCUCGGCUCGAGCAGGCGGCUGGCUGGCUGGCUGGCUGGCUGUGCGUGUGGUGUCCCCGGCCAGGCAGCAGCAGCAGCAGCAGCAGGAGGAGGGAACCUCUCGCCUGGGGGAGGAGUUGUGAAUGAGGUAGCAGCUCAGUUAUGGUGGGUACAGCUUUGAGUGCAGGAGUAUACAGGGCAAACAUCGCAAGCCUCCUGAACCUAAGGAACAUUCAAGAAUGAGACUCAAAAAUGGACUGUGACAACAGAGUGACUGGAGCUGAACAGAUGAACCGUGAAGGUGCCCACGGGAAGACUCCCGAGGAGAUGUACAUCCAGCAGAAGGUGCGAGUGCUGCUGAUGCUGAGGAAGAUGGGAUCAAAUCUCACUCCAAGUGAAGAGGCAUUUCUACGAACCUAUGCAGGAGUAGUGAACAGCCAGCUUAGCCAACUUCCACAGCACCCAAUUGAUCAGGGUGCAGAAGAUGUUGUGAUGGCUUUCUCCAGACAAGAAACAGAGGACAGGCGGCAAUGAAGAGGGAAUAGUUAUUGAUGGUUUGGGGGCAGACAGCAAGUUUAUGGACGAUGCGUGUGAAGAUUCCAGGGUGUUCAUGAGUUGCUUGCCUUCUCAUGCACUGUAACGUCACAGCUAUGUGUUUGUGAUGACCAGUGUUGUUCAUCAGGACUGCCUCCACCGACCAGAAAAAAACUUUUUUUUUGAUUGGCAGAAAGGAUCCGCUGUCCCUCUGUAUUUUAUUUCUGUUUGUUUGCAUUGUCUUUAUUUUUUUAAAUACAUACAGACUGCUCCUGGCCUGCAGCACAAAUAGACCUUGGGUGCCGUACGAUUAAAACUGGUCUGUGCCCCUCAUGCUCUGCACUGAAGCAUCACUUAUCCACUCCCACUAUAGAAGCUGAUGCGGUAUUUUCCAGUUCAUGCCAGUGGACUCUUUGGAGAAUUGAUUAACAUCACACGUCCUUUACAGCAUAUUAAUAAACACAACAGAGUGGAAACAGCACACAGACGAUUUGAAAUGUUAAUUUAAGUUGUAGGUCCUGCUGAACCUAGCUUAGUUAUCUGUUCUUGUUGUAUUAGCAGUUAAGCUGCUUGCAGAGAAAUUUUUAACAAAAUCUUAAGACAAUGACCAAAAUGUAUUCAUAUAGCUUGUGUGCUUUUUUUUUCAGUUCCAUUGAUUCUCCCCCCCAUCCCCCAGCCCGGCCCUGUUUUUAAGGAAAAUGGAUCACAUAGACUAACAACUUACUAAAAGAAAACACUAGCUGCAAAAGCCAGUGGACAAAGGCAACACAGUUUACAAACUGACUUAAGUAACGGGGGUAGCAGGAAAGCAAACCAUCAGGGAGAGAUGUGGUUUUAAUGAUCAGAACAUGAGGAUGCAGUUGCUGAGUAGCCCACCUCUAAUGUAAUGUCAUCAGCCGUGGGAGAGUGGAAGCAUCCAUUUCAUUAUCACCUUUGUGAAGCCUGAAUGCGAUCUACUCGAUAUUCACAAAGUGAAAGGCUGGUGUGUUUUUAUUAUUCGUAUUUUACAUUUUAUGUGACACCAAAAAAAAAACUGUCCAAAUGUUCACGGUUUUGACUGUCCUAGUUUUAGAGCUCUUUAUUCUGAACUCUCACCAAAUGGAGCAAAUGUUGCAUGUAUAUAUGUGUUUUGGUAUGACAGCUGGUUUGAAAGUAGGGGUGCCUGGUAUAAUGUCUACACUGUUGCUACAGGUAUUUUAUGAAGCUAUAUGCUUCUAAAUUGGCUAUACCAAGGCAGAUUCUGUACUCUGCACACUAUUGUCCUUGACUUGAGUUGCAGUUAAGGAAAUGUAUUGAUUUUUUUUUUCUUACAAAUAAAAGCCAGCAAAGAAUCAAGUAACAAGAGCGGUCUGAUUCAGGAAACACUGUUCCCUGCUGCAAGGCUCUCUAAGCUUGUUUUUCAAAAUGAUUAACAUCCUUCUC